CACAGAUAAGCAGAUAAUCACAAAGAUAAGUGGUGGACCAAGUUCGACACAGAUUGGUACCACCCAUGCACGAUUGUAACAAGCCUAAGGUUUCUGCAGAUCUGUUUAGACAGAUUCUGCACAUGCAUCAAUGGAUCUAGGGUGUCUAACCGGUACAUCUAUAAACUAGGGUUACGUAUGUACCCAUGCAGCACAGAAGCCGGUGGCACUCCGGCAGCCCAAAUUCAAGUUCAAGCUUUUAUACCUGAGCGGGUGUCCUAGAGAGACAACCCGACUUACUAAUGUUGUUGAACCCUAGGCGUUACCGGUUUGGAAGAUCUCCGGCGAGUUUCAGGAGAACGUCUGCAGCGAGGAAAGCAGGAGAACGCCUGCAGCGAGGAAAGCCCGAGAACGCGUGCAGCGAGGAAAGCCGGAGGACGCCUGCAGCGAGGAAAGCCCGAGAACGCUUGCAGCGAGGAAAGCCGGAGGAAGCCUGCAGCGAGGACAGAUUACUAUCUUUUAGGAAAUGGAAAGAUUAGAGAAUGAAGUUGAGAGCUUCUCUCUCUAGAUCACUCGAGGCUAGACUCUUCCUUUCACGGCUUCUCAGGUCGGCACCACCUCUCACGGUGGCUGCCACCGUCGGAGCCCUCCUGGCUCCGGCGGGUGUCAAGGUCUUAUGAUUAAAACAUUUUUGGAAAUUGGUUUUUGACCACUUCGGUGGUUCUUGGGUGCUUGUUGGCCGGAGUUCGCCGGAAAAUAUGGACGCCGGAAGUUCGCGGCUGGAGAUCCAUGGCUGAAGUACAGGGAGGUGAGCAACUCAUGAACCAUUGGCAGAAAUCUUCACCGGGGUCUGGUGGUCUCGUGACCACUAGUUUGUGCUUCAGUUUGACCUUCGCCGUGUCCACGUUCGGCUUUCCCUGUCCUUUUCAACAACCAUGGUGAAAACUAUCCGGUGGAGACAACAUCGUCGUCCUCGGACGGACACCUGAGCGGUUGGGGUGUGCUAAUAAGCUGGAGGACAAGUGGAUAGGGGCGCUUGUUAACGGCCGGUUAGACUCUUGGAAGGCUUCACGGCCUGUUCGUCCUCUUCGUUGUUUCAGAGUACUUACAGUAGACCCCUACCAUGGAUGAUGGCGUUUUUAGUGGCAUCAAUGGGUGAGGGAGGUCUCGUUGCAAAUCUUUCACGCGACCAUCAUCUCAAACUGCUUCGUUACGUAUCCCUGGCUGGGCCAAGGCCUAGGAUCUGGAGUUCGCAGCGACCGGCGAUGGUCCUCUGAUGACCAGGUAAAUUGAAUUCGUUUUGUUUUCUGGUUCGUCAACCUGGCUGGAAAUCGAAGCCUCUGCUUUUCGGGAGAAGCUUUUCUUCCUUGCUAUUUUUUCGCCUACGAUUUUCUGGUCAUGAGGUCUGGUAUUUUCGUUUGAACGUUUGACGGAUUUGAAGAUUUGACCGGAGGACCACUUCGUUGCUCUGAGCUGUAGAUUUUUCCCCUGGAAGGACUGAGCUUCUUUCCGAUUUACUGGACUGAUAACCACUGCGCUUGGCCUCCGUAGAGGGUAGGGAGUGACGAUUGUGGGAAGGAAUGGGGAAGAGAGGGGCAUCGGAAUGAUAAAGGGAUUUUAUCUCCGGCGAGGGGCAUGGCGUUUUGGUCUUGGGUUCUGACUGGUUCGGUUUUUGAGCUUGAUUGGCCGGAGAAGAUGACUGGGGGGACUGGAGCGAUUACAGGGCCUCCUUUGUUUUCAUUUUCUUUGGUUUUGGAACUGUUAUGCGUAUGGUGUAAUUUGACAGCAAACAGGUCUCCGGAACCCGGGGGUUUGAUCCGCCUGCUGCUACUUGAGCUUCCGGCUACUGUCCGUACCGCCCCUGAAACUGUCUACUGUCGUCGUUGGAGGUUGCCGGGGUCCAACGAGGGUGGGAGGUGGGGGGAGCUCGGUUGGGCUUUGUUUUCCGGCUAGUUACUUUUCUCCUCCACCGUUGCUGUCGGGUUUGAUGCCGGAGCCUGGCGGGGGUGGGGGAUGGUUACUGUUACGCGCGAACGUAAUUACUGGACUUCUGGGCUACAUGACGACCGGCCAGAGAUUCGCCGGAGACACCGCCGGACUAGUCAACGGCGACCUGUCUGGCCUGCCUGCGAUUGGACAGCUGUCUGUAGUCCUGUCGGUUUACUGUAGCCUUUUGAAUUUUGAAUUUCGACCUGUGCAAGGCUCAAAUUUCAAGCAGAUGGAACGUUAGGUAACUUUUGGGCUUCGGACCUUAAUUAGCCCACUGUCGGUUCCUGCUGAUUUCUGGGACGCUGUUUGCUCUGAUUUGCCCUGAUGGGCCAAUAUUUUGAUAAAGGAUGGGCCUUUGUUGGCUCUAUUGUGGACUGAUUUUGGUGGACAUUGUGGUCCUUUGACUGGAUUUUGCUUAUGGGCUGGCCUUUUAUAGACUAGUCCUUUUUGGUUACCGAUUUUUGUGAUACGAGCCGGAGCCUGUCCCGUGCCGUUUGUUAUCCAAAAAACUCUCUCUCCCCUCCCCCGCCUGGCGGGGGGGGAGGGGGCGGGGAUACGGUAUAUACUAUUUUAGGUUAGCUUGAUAGCUUAGAUAGUUAUUUUUUAUCUUUUUGAUGCAUUGUAUUUAUGCUAUUUUCUGGAUAUAUAUACUUAUAUUUUAUCCAAAAAUAGGAAAUGGAAAGAUUAUAACACACUAAGAGAUAGCCAAUGAAAAAC